AUGGAACCAAACUACUUCACUUGUACACUUGGACAAGCUAAGAUGCUUGGACAGCGCAAACCAUUCCGGACCGUCACCGAACUGGUCGACAUCAAGGCUGAAGAAGAGAGUGAUACUCCAGCGGUCGGAUUGUAUGCGCCCAGAUCGACGGCUGAACAGAAUUGGAAAAUCCAAGUCCUAACCUUCCGGGAUAUCCAACGUGGCUCUGCCAUCGUGGCAGCUGCGAUUGCAAAGAAUCUGUAUUCGUCUGUCGGCGAAACAGUAGCCUUGCUCUGUCCUAGCUCACCUGGAUUUCUGUUCACCUGGCUAGCUUUGAUGAGACUUGGAUAUUCAGUUCUGCUGAUCGCACCGCAAUGCUCUCCCUCUGCUGUUUCAUAUCUAUGCAAGACAUGUGGGGUUCGAGACCUUAUAUACGAUGACAUAUAUGGAGACCUAGCACGGGGCACAUUGUCCGAGUGCCCUGGUGGCACUGCUGCGUUCCAUCUGGUUUCCCUUCCAAUUGCUGCACAGGAUAUGAUAGAUGUCAUUAAUGGUUCAGCAGCAAGUCCUUCCUUUCCUUCUGCUACAGUCCACGAAAACGACACUGCAUAUUUGCAUCACACAUCUGGGACAUCCAGCGGAGUACCAAAGCCAAUUUCGCAAAGCCAUCGGGCAGCAGUUGGACUCUUGCCUGUGCUCGAUGGAAGCCAAGCAGCCACGUUGACGACAACACCCCUCUACCACGGUGGAAUUGCAGACCUGUUCCGGGCAUGGUCUAGCAACGCAUUGAUAUGGCUCUUUCCGGGGAAGGAGCUUCCAAUUACGGCUAACAAUGUGUGCAAAUGUUUGGACAUUGCAAUGAAGUACGCCAAGCAGGGCUCAUGUCCGACUGUAAGAUAUUUCUCGUCUGUUCCAUAUGUACUCCAAAUGAUGGCGAGUGAUCACGAGGGACUGAAGUAUCUUCGGUGUAUGGACAUUGUCGGGGUCGGAGGCGCGGCCUUACCAUCCAAGGUAGGCAUUAUGCUGGUUGAGCAAGGAGUUAACCUAAUAUCAAGAUUCGGAAGUGCGGAAUGUGGUUUUCUGAUGUCUUCGCAUCGUGAAUAUUGCAAGGAUAGGGAGUGGGAAUACCUCAGAUCCGCACCAGGGGGAGAGUUUCUUCAUUUCGAGGCCAGAGAAGAUGGUCUUUCGGAACUUGUGAUUCAGCAAGGGUGGCCUCAUAUGGCGAAAAACAACCGAGAAGAUGGCUCAUAUGCGACGUCAGACUUGUUCAUGCCACAUUCAUCUAUUCCAGAUGCAUGGCGAUACCAUUCAAGGUCGGACUCGCAGUUGACAUUGAUAACUGGCAAAAAGUUCGAUCCUGCACCACUCGAAGGUGCAAUCAAAGCGUCCUCAACUCUCCUUGCAGAGGUACUCAUCUUUGGCAACAGCAAGCCUUAUGCAGGUGCUCUACUGUUUCGAUCGCACAAAGCAUCAUCAAAACCAGAUAAUGAAAUCGUGGACAAGAUUGCCCCUUGUGUUGAGAAGCUGAACAAUGAAAGCCAGAGCCAUGCCAAAAUAUCGCGAAACAUGCUUAUUCCCCUGGCUUACGAAGAGACGGCGCUACAGAAAAGCAGCAAAGGCACGAUUCUUCGUUCUCAAGCCGAGAAGCAGUAUGCCAAAGAAAUUGAAGAGGCAUACAAUGCUAAGCUACCAUUUGAUGACCUGAAGACUGCAGAUGCUGAGGUAACACAAGCAAUUCGCGAAAUCGUUAUAUCAGCUGUCGGUAAGGACAAUGGAGAUUGUCUGACAGACGACACCGAUCUCUUUUCCUACGGAGCAGAUUCUGUGGCUUGCAUUCAAAUACGGCACGGAUUAAUGCGCUUUGUUCCAGGGGUCAAAGCCUUGCCGGCUAGCGUGGUUGAGGAAUCUGGAACAAUCGCGCGCCUCUCCGAUUUCAUCAUCCGCUUGCGCUUGGGACAAGAUGUACAAGAGGAAGCCGACCAAGUGCAACUGAUGUCCGAUCUGGUGAAUCGAUGCAGCGCUGGAUUUUCGGAGCGAGGUGUGACUUCUGCUACGAGCCCACCAAAUGAAAAUCAACCGCUCAGUGGACUGACAAUCCUCCUGACCGGCCCAACAGGGUCCCUGGGGUCUCAUGUUCUCCAUAAGAUACUGCAAGACACAAGAGUUGGGCAGAUAUACCUCCUCGUUCGAGGCGCAAGCACACAUGCGGUCCGCGAGCGAGUCACUAAGGCACUCUCAAGCCGCAGCCUCAGCAUCCCUUCCAACUUCGAUUCCAAAACGACAAUUCUCCCCUGCAAGCUCUCUUCGCCAAAUCUUGGCCUGGACGCGCCCAAAUACGCGCAACUUGCCAAUAGCAUCGACCUUAUCCUCCACCUAGCAUGGAGCGUGAACUUCCUGGUCUCUCUCCGCAGCAUAGCAAGCACCCACCUGUCAGGCCUUCAGAAUCUGUUGAAUCUUGCUCUUGCGUCCACCAACAAACCACCACCGCGAUUCAUGUUCUGCUCUAGUGUAGCAGCAGUCUCGAACUUCCACCAUACCGCCCCUCUAGACGCCAGCAUUCCAGAACACUUCAUCGUCGACCCUCGUGUCUCCGGGCGAACAGGCUACGCGCGCUCGAAAUGGGUUGGCGAGGCCAUCUGUGCUGAAGCCCACAAGUCGACGCGUCUUAGAGGCCGCAUAUCAGUCGCACGCGUGGGUCAACUAUCUGGCACGACGGACACAGGCGUCUGGAGUAAAUCCGAGGCGUACCCGCUGCUCCUAUCCAGCGCGAAGGUCACUGGUGUGCUGCCUGACCUCAAACAUGAGAUCUUGAACUGGCUACCAGUCGAUACCGCUGCGAAGGCGUUCAUAGAAGCAUCGCUAUCACCUCACGGCGACGGCACGUCGGUGGGAAGCACGGCCUCCCGAACUAAAUCACGCAGCGACGCAGAAGUACAAGAAAUGCCAGUCCACCACGUCCUCAACCCCGACAUGACAGUGCGUUGGUCCGACCUCGUCAGGUGGCUUGCCCCGCACGCCGAAUUCAAAGUCGUGCCGAUGGACGAAUGGUUGGCGAAACUCACGGCGCUGCAGGACGACGACAGGACGAAGAAUCACCCGGCCCUCCGCCUGCUGGAAUUCUGGAGAAAGGCAUAUGGAUCCGAGCAGGGACAAGGUAAGCAGGCAGCUGAAGUACUAAAGGGAGAGGCCAGGUAUCAGAUGGAAGAGACUUUUCAGGUGAUGCCAGUUUUGGAGUCUGCUUCUGGACUUAUGGAUGAAACAUAUGUGUUGAGGUUGUGGGACUGGGUUCAAGCGGAGUUGUGA